AUGGCUCCCCACGCUGAGGCUGAUUCGGGCUCCCUGCACGGAGAUGGACAAUCCAACGGCCACCAGGCCGCUGUGGCUGCCACCGCCACCCGUGAGCUCUUCACUGUCAACUCGUCCAAUGUGACGUACACGGACAACGAGAUCCUGUCCAAGUACACCUAUCGCACCACGGACGUCGCCAAGGACGAGAGCGGCAAGUUUGUCGUGACCCCCGUCGAGACCGUCUACGAAUUCAAGACGGAGCGUAAGGUCCCCAAGACCGGCAUGAUGCUGGUCGGCCUCGGCGGCAACAACGGCACCACCGUGACGGCCGGCAUCAUUGCCAACCGCCGCGGCCUCACGUGGCAGACGCGCGAGGGUGUCCGGGCCGCCAACUACUACGGCUCCGUCAUCAUGAGCUCCACCAUCAAGCUCGGCACCGACACCAAGACCAGGAAGGACGUCAACAUUACCUUCUCGGACAUCCUGCCCAUGGUCCACCCCAACGACCUCGUCAUUGGCGGCUGGGACAUUAGCGGCCUCAACCUGGCCGAAGCCAUGGACCGCGCCCAGGUGCUCGAGCCUACGCUCAAGCAGCAGGUGGCCAAGGAGAUGGCCCAGAUCGUGCCUCUGCCUUCCAUCUACUACCCGGACUUCAUCGCCGCCAACCAGGAGGACCGCGCCGACAAUGUGCUGCCGGGCACCAAGGCCUGCAACGAGCACGUGGAGCAGAUCCGCAAGGACAUCCGCGACUUCAAAGAGAAGAACGGCCUCGACAAGGUCAUUGUCCAGUGGACGGCCAACACGGAGCGCUACGCGGAGCUCAUCGCCGGCGUCAACGACACGGCCGACAACCUCCUCAAGGCCAUCGAGCAGGGCCACGAGGAGGUGUCGCCGUCGACCGUCUUCUCGGUGGCGUGCACGCUCGAGGGCGUGCCCUUCAUCAACGGAUCGCCGCAGAACACGUUUGUGCCGGGCGCCAUUGAGCUGGCCGAGAGGCACGGCGCCUUCAUUGGCGGCGACGACUUCAAGUCGGGCCAGACCAAGAUGAAGUCGGCGCUCGUCGACUUCCUCAUCAACGCCGGCAUCAAGCUGACGUCGAUUGCGAGCUACAACCACCUCGGCAACAACGACGGCAAGAACCUCAGCUCGCAGAAGCAGUUCCGCUCCAAGGAGAUCUCCAAGUCCAACGUUGUCGACGACAUGGUCGAGGCCAACACGGUUCUCUACAAGGAGGGCGAGCACCCCGACCACUGCGUCGUCAUCAAGUACAUGCCGGGCGUGGGCGACAACAAGCGCGCGCUCGACGAGUACUACGCCGAGAUCUUCAUGGGUGGCCACCAGACCAUCUCAAUGUUCAACGUGUGCGAGGACUCGCUGCUGGCGUCGCCGCUCAUCAUUGACCUCGUGCUCGUCGCCGAGAUGAUGACGCGCAUCCAGUGGAAGGCCACGUCGGUCGACGAGGCCGCCGGCAAGGACUUCAAGGGCUUCCACAGCGUGCUCAGCGUGCUGAGCUACAUGCUCAAGGCGCCCCUGACGCCCCCCGGCACGCCCGUCGUCAACGCCCUCGCCAAGCAGCGCUCGGCUCUGACCAACAUCUUCCGCGCCUGCGUCGGUCUCGAGCCGGAGAGCGACAUGACGCUCGAGCACAAGCUCUUCUAG